UAUUUAUGCCACUCACAUCCUUAGUAUUAAAAGUUAAACAAAAUAUUCUGUAAUUACAAUACAAAAUAUAUUGUAAUAAAGUUAAUCGUAACAGUUAUUUUAGUAAAAAUGGUCAAAGUCAGCAAAAAUAUCCGUAUGAAAGCCAAGGCAUCGGUUGCGAUAGCGGCCGCCAAUAUUAAAUCACAUGUGCGUGCAGCAGCAAAGUCAGACGAUUCGAGUAUCACGAAGGAUAAAUUACUAUUGCCAAAAUCACCAACAAACAAGAGAAAAACAAUUACAAAACGAGAGAAAGUGCGACGGAAGCAUAAACAACUUAUGAAUAAAUUUGCAUUGAUAAAAAAGAAACGUAAAGAGGAAGCAGCACGCAGAAAUAGGGAAAAGACGGAAGUUAUUGGUGAUUUGAAACCACUAAAGGAUGCGUUGCCUUCUUUGGACGAGCUCUUCAAGUUGAGCAAGCAAAAAUCGGAUAUAAAAACGGGUACCAAAGACAUCGACGAAUCUACCAGAAAUAAUCACACAACAAAAGAGGAGAAAAAAAUGAAUGUUCAGCAAAAGCUGAAGAAGAAAAAAGAAAAAUUAAUACGCCAAGUCACUUCUUAUACUGCUUUACUUAAAGAUCCGGAUUUCAAAAAAAAUCCUCGCGAUGCCAUUUCCUAUCACAUUAAAUAUACACAUGGGCUCAUUGAUGAUUGAUCAAAACGGUUAUUUUAAUAAAUGUAUAUUUGAAAUGUUUGUAUAUCGAAUAAAAUCGUUAUAUAUUUUUGUAAAACUGGUAUACCACGAAA